CCACUCUUCUCAGAGUCGUUAUCUCAAAUCAAGCGGCCAUUGCCUCCUUCAGAUCCACCAACCAGUCAAGACAUCGUAGACGCAAUUUUCCUCCUUGAGAAGGUGAAGGAGUUUUUUGGCCCCCCCUCAUUCGAGAGAAGACUGCGCCGGGACUACUGUAUGGCCACUGUCGACGACCUCGCGAAAGCGCAGCUGUAUCUACACAAGGUGUGCAGCGCAGCCACAGCUGAGACAAGUGGAAAUCAUGUCACUUCCGCAUCUCGUUGAACCCAUGGAUAGAAGGCUUGACCAGAUGGAUGAAACACUGGUUCCGAUGAUGAAUAAUCCCAGGAUUCACGGUCUGGAGAAACGGCUCGACUCUGAUUCUCAAAUAAGUGAGCAUCGACAGAGGUCCGGCCACCCAGAGGUCCCACAGCGGUCACCGGUUGAAAGCACGCACUGGUUAUAUGACAAGACACAACCUUUCAACGACUUACAAUUGUAUCACCAAAUUCCGAUCUCGUGGGGCACUGGUGAGGAUAAAGACCCAGAGCACUUUAAAUUGCCGCCUUUACGCACGAACAACGACUUCACCAACCUCCCCGGUCAUCAAUUGGACAAUUAUCUUUAUUACUACAGAAUUGAUGUUGAUAAACGAAGUACUAGGGAGACGAAAAUGCAUUGCCUCCGAUACUUUAUUAUUGGUCGUUCGAAGUCUUGUCUUGCUGCGUCCUGCGAUCUGACCUAGUCUUCCGUGGACAAAUGUUCACCUCCUAUGUACACCACAUAGUGUACAUUCAACAAAAAGGGCUAAAUGUUACAUCAUAUUUGCGAUACCCAAGGGAUCAAUCAUCCUGCGGGUGCGCCUUAUUACG